AUGUAAAAGGCCUUUCUGUCUAAUUCAAUGAAUGUAUUAAUAAAAGAAACUAACAAUCAAUUAACAGGUCAAUUGGCUUAAUAUGAUCAAAGAUUGAAAACAAUCAUAAACUAAAGUAUACAUUAUAAACAAAUUCUUAUUUAGUAUUCAGAAAGCAAAGGAUGUUCCAAAAUAUUUAUUUAUUUGUUGAUGUAAAUGAAGAUAUCAUCAAAACUUAAACUCCAUUUUACUGUCCUUCUAAUAUAUCGUAGGAACAAUCUAAAUCUUUCUUUUGCCUAAUGGCGUAUUAAUAUGAUUAAACUAACUAUACGAAUUUAUCAACUGCAAUCUAAAAGCAAUUUAAGGUCAUUUCGAUAUUUCAUGAAACAAUUUAGAUUUUUGAUACAUCCUAAUUCAUCGUAACUGGUAUAGCAUAUACAUCUAAUGAUUCUAUCCCUAUUUUAGGGACUUGGCCAGCUUUAAAUUCAACUUUAUCAUAUAAUGCUCAUCAACGAUCUUGGUAUUUAAGCCACAUGAGAUAAAUGAAAAAUGGACAUUAAUACUUGUUUAGUGAUUUAUUUACAACCAUUAUCGGCUCUUAUACAAUCGCCAUAUCAUAAAAUUUAACUGAUAAAAAUAAUGAAUUUGCUGGAAUUGUUUUUAAUUUAAUGGAUUUUGGAGUCUUUAAAAAAAAUUUCAAAGCUGAUUAUAUUUUAGCUAAUAACAACGGUUAAAUUAUAUUAGGAUAAUUCAACUAUCCUCAAAAUACAACUAAACCAAUUUUCUUUUUUAAUGAGUCAAUUACAGGUUUCAACUAAGUUGAUUGGAAUUCCAUAUCGAUUUUAAUUAAUGACACCUCAAAUUAAUAGGACAUAAAAUCUCUAAGUAAUUGCUCCUAAGACGUAUCAAACUAUCUCUGUAGAUAUAAUUCAUUGUAUCAUUAGGAAGUUUUAUUAAUUGCAUAGUAGCUUGAAUAUCCUCCAUAUCCACCACACAUAGUGAUUAUGUAACUAAUUCAAUUAUUAUUAAAGAUUUAAAAAUAUGACAGAACUUUAUAAAUAAGUUGAUUAACUCAAUUAAGAUAUAUAUCAAUUAUUUGCUUAAGAAUUUUAUAAAGAUUUAUAAGUCUUGAUCAUAGUUGCCGUUGGUAUAAUUUUACUAUUUUUAAUAAUACUAAAUUAAAUCACUAAAUCUUUAAACCUUUUAAUCAAAUACUCUAAAUUUUAAUAAAAUAAUCUUUCAUACUUGAAGGAACAAUAAUAAAUGAAUCAAUAAAUUGAAGCCAUAUCCAAUUUAUAUAAUUUCAAAAAAAACUUAAAGAUGAUUAAAUUCUCUGAAAAUGUUUUAGAUCAAUUAACUUUACAAUAUUUCUGUAAUAAUUUGAUUAUACUGUAGAAUUACUAUCUAUAUUGAAGGGUCAAUAGGGAGAAUUUAAGAAAUCUGAAGAAUGCAUCUAAUUAGAAUUAGCAUAGUAUCCAAAGACUCGAUAUUACUUAAAAUUAUCAAAACCUACCUCCUUAUAUGAUUACCAAUCUAGUAUUGAUGGAAAAACUGUAAAUCAAAUUAUUUAAUAUUUUUUAAUAAAAAAAUAGAAAUAUUGA